GCGUCGGCUUCACUUUUCCUGUCGAGUGGACACUGGAGCAGGGAUUAUAAUGGAGGGAUUACGCGCCACCGGUUAUCCCUCAUACAGGCACAGGUAAUCCAAUCACUGGUAACCUUCCAGCGCGGCUCUGACAAGUCAUUUUCUCUGGACGAGCGGCAGAGUGAAGGCACAACAACGGCACAAUGAGGCCCCAGUGGAAAGGGAGGUGACAGAAUGCCAUUCAUUAUAAGAGGAAGAGCCCUGACGGGGGCACAGUAUGCCAGCAACAAAAAGACCACUUCCUCCACUGAUGCCUCGGCCCUAUGGUCAGAAAGCCAAGCUCAUCUGCACCAACUCAGUCCACCUGAGGCCCUGCAUGCCCCUGCCAGCAGCGGCAAGCCUGUUGGCCUGUCUUAUGGCCUCCUGGGAGCCAACAGUGGCACCCAGGUCCCUGGCGGCGACAGUUCCGGCGUCAGCCCGGUCCUCGCUUGGCACGCAGCAAUCAACGCCGCUCGCCAGGCGCAGGACGAUGUUGCGAAGCCCGACACGAGUCCGCAGCACUCGGGGUGCACCGCCGGAGCUGCUCCCGUUGGCUCUUUGGCACAGAGAAAGAGGCAGCAGUAUGCCAAGAGCAAAAAACAGGGCGGGUCCACUAACAGCAGGCCACCCAGAGCGUUGUUCUGCCUCACCCUCAACAACCCCAUCCGCAGGGCCUGCAUCAGCCUGGUGGAGUGGAAACCGUUCGAUAUAUUUAUACUGCUGUCUAUUUUUGCCAACUGUGUGGCCUUAGCCAUCUACAUCCCUUUCCCUGGAGAUGACUCCAAUUCUACCAACCAAGAGCUGGAAACAGUUGAAUAUGCCUUCCUGAUCAUUUUCACUCUCGAGACAUUUCUGAAGAUUAUCGCCUACGGCCUGGUCAUGCACCAGAACUCCUACGUCAGAAAUGGCUGGAACAUGCUGGACUUUGUCAUCGUCAUCGUCGGCUUGUUCAGUGUGGUCCUGGAGAUGAUAACCAAAGACGCUGACUCGGGCGGCCAGUCAGGAGGCAAGCCCGGGGGGUUCGACGUCAAGGCCCUCCGAGCCUUUCGUGUGCUUCGCCCCCUUCGCCUUGUCUCUGGAGUUCCCAGUCUCCAGGUGGUUUUGAACUCCAUCAUUAAAGCCAUGGUCCCCCUGCUUCACAUCGCUCUGCUGGUCCUCUUCGUCAUCAUCAUCUACGCCAUCAUCGGCCUCGAGCUCUUCAUUGGCAAAAUGCACGCUACCUGCUAUGUGAUCAAGACAGGUGCGCUGGCAGAGGAGGAGCCAACGCCAUGUGCGGUGUCCGGCAACGGCCGCCACUGCACGUUGAACACGACUACGUGCAGAGAAGGCUGGCAAGGCCCCAACAAUGGCAUCACCAACUUUGACAAUUUCCUUUUUGCCAUGCUCACUGUGUUCCAGUGCAUCACCAUGGAGGGCUGGACCGACGUGCUGUACUGGAUGAAUGACGCAAUGGGCUUUGAGCUGCCAUGGGUCUACUUUGUCAGUCUGGUCAUCUUUGGUUCCUUCUUUGUUCUUAACUUGGUCUUGGGUGUCCUCAGUGGAGAGUUCUCCAAAGAGCGAGAAAAGGCCAAGGCACGAGGUGACUUCCAGAAGCUGCGUGAGAAGCAGCAGCUGGAGGAAGACCUGAAGGGCUACCUGGACUGGAUCACUCAGGCCGAGGACAUCGACCCUGAGAACGAGGAAGAGGGAGACGUCGAGGGAAAGCGCAACAGGGUCACAUUAGCGGACCUCACUGAGAAGAAGAAGGGAAAGUUUGGCUGGUUCACACAGUCCACAGAGACGCAGGCGAGCAUGCCCACAAGUGAGAGCGAGUCUGUUAACGCUGACAAUCACAGCGGCGAGGAUGACAAAUGGCUCUGCUGUGCUCCUUUGUGUAAAAAAAUUACUAAGUCAAAGUGCAGUCGUCACGGGCGACGGUGGAAUCGUUUCUGUCGUCGGAAGUGUCGCGCUGCGGUGAAAUCGGUGACAUUUUACUGGCUGGUCAUCCUCUUGGUGUUCCUCAAUACGCUCACCAUCGCCUCCGAACACUACAACCAACCGGAUUGGCUCACAGAAAUUCAAGAUGCAGCUAACAAAGUUCUCCUGGCCAUGUUCACUCUGGAGAUGUUGGUGAAGAUGUACAGUUUGGGGCUGCAGGCCUACUUUGUGUCCCUGUUCAAUCGCUUUGACUGUUUCGUGGUGUGCGGAGGCAUCGUCGAGACCAUCCUGGUGGAGCUGGCCAUCAUGUCUCCGCUCGGCAUCUCGGUUUUCCGCUGCGUGCGCCUCUUGAGGAUCUUUAAGGUCACACGCCACUGGGCAUCGCUGAGUAACCUGGUGGCCUCUCUGCUCAACUCCAUGAAAUCCAUUGCCUCCCUGUUGCUGCUUCUCUUCCUCUUCAUCAUUAUCUUCUCCCUGCUGGGCAUGCAGCUUUUUGGCGGCAAGUUUACCUUUGACGAGACUGUGACCAAACGGAGCACAUUCAACAACUUUCCCCAGGCCCUGCUCACCGUGUUCCAGAUUCUGACAGGAGAAGACUGGAAUACAGUGAUGUACGACGGUAUCAUGGCGUACGGUGGUCCAGCCUCCUCUGGAAUGGUGGUCUGCAUUUACUUCAUCAUCCUCUUCAUCUGUGGAAACUACAUCCUGCUAAAUGUAUUCUUGGCCAUUGCUGUUGACAACCUGGCCGAUGCUGAGAGCCUCAACACAGCACAGAAGGAAGAAGAAGAGGCCAAGAAGAGGAGGAACAGUGCCAAAGAGGCUGGCACAGGCCUGAAAGUGGAAAUAAUACAAGACCGCGAUGGAGCGACAAAGGUGCCAGUUGAGCUACUACUGGGGGAGGACAAAGAACUUUAUUCUGCCAUUGACUCAUCAGUGUGCUGUGUGGAUGACGACAAUGAUGACCUCCCAGAAGUCCCAGUCGGGCCCCGGCCUAAGAGGUUGUCUGAGCUCACCAUCAAGGAAAAAACUCCUCCCAUCCCAGAGGGCAGCGCCUUUUUCAUCUUCAGCAGCACCAACCCGUUUCGUGUAUUCUGCCAUAAGUUGAUAAACCAUCAGAUCUUCACCAACCUCAUCCUGGUCUUCAUCAUGCUGAGCUCUGUGUCUUUGGCUGCCGAGGACCCCAUACGCAAUUUCUCUGCACGUAAUAUUAUACUUGGUUAUUUUGACUAUGCUUUCACGGCAAUCUUUACUGUUGAGAUCCUGUUGAAGAUCCUAGGCUAUGCAGACUAUGUCUUCACUAGUAUGUUUACAUUUGAGAUCCUUAUUAAGAUGACGGCAUUUGGAGCGUUCCUUCAUAAAGGAGCUUUCUGUCGGAACUACUUCAACCUAUUGGACCUGUUGGUCGUUGGAGUGUCUCUUGUCUCCUUUGGUAUUCAAUCUUCUGCAAUCUCAGUGGUGAAGAUACUCCGUGUUUUGAGAGUCCUCCGGCCGCUUAGGGCCAUCAACAGAGCCAAAGGACUUAAGCACGUCGUCCAGUGCGUGUUUGUAGCCAUCAGGACAAUCGGCAACAUCAUGAUCGUCACCACGCUGCUGCAGUUUAUGUUCGCUUGCAUCGGAGUGCAGCUCUUCAAGGGUAAAUUUUACCGCUGUACAGACGACGCCAAGUCCAGCCCUGAUGAGUGCAAGGGCACGUACAUUCUCUACAACAAUGGAGACACCGCGCCGCCCAUGGUCAAGGAGCGACUCUGGCACAACAGCGACUUCAAUUUUGACAACGUCCUCAUGGCCAUGAUGGCUCUCUUCACCGUCUCCACCUUCGAAGGAUGGCCGACUCUCUUAUAUGAGGCCAUCGACUCUAACCGUGAAAACAUGGGUCCCAUCUACAACUACCGCAUUGAGAUAUCCAUCUUCUUCAUCAUCUACAUCAUCAUCAUUGCCUUCUUCAUGAUGAACAUCUUUGUCGGUUUCGUUAUUGUCACCUUCCAGGAGCAGGGUGAGAAGGAAUACAAGAACUGUGAGCUGGACAAAAACCAGCGCCAGUGUGUGGAAUAUGCUCUCAAAGCCCGACCCCUGCGUCGUUACAUCCCCAAAAACCCAUACCAGUACAAGUUCUGGUAUGUGGUCAACUCCACCGGCUUUGAAUAUGUCAUGUUUGUGCUAAUCAUCCUCAACACCCUGUGUCUGGCGAUACAGCACCAUGGCCAAUCUCACCUGUUCAACCAAGCCAUGGACAUCCUCAACAUGGUCUUUACUGGUGUUUUCACUGUGGAGAUGAUCCUCAAGCUCAUUGCCUUCAAGCCCAGGAACUAUUUUGCUGAUGCAUGGAACACGUUUGAUGCCUUAAUUGUUGUGGGUAGCGUGGUUGAUAUUGCCAUCACUGAGAUCAAUUCAGCAGCGCUCCCUGUCGUCAAGGUGAUAGUGGAACCAGGGAAUACUGAAGACAGUGCUCGCAUCUCCAUCACCUUCUUCCGCCUCUUUCGAGUGAUGCGAUUGGUCAAAUUGUUGAGCAGGGGGGAGGGCAUCAGGACGCUGCUGUGGACAUUCAUCAAAUCCUUUCAGGCUCUGCCAUAUGUUGCACUUCUGAUCGCCAUGCUGUUCUUCAUCUAUGCGGUAAUUGGAAUGCAGGUUUUUGGGAAAAUAGCCAUGGUGGAUGGAACACAAAUCAACCGCAACAAUAACUUCCAAACGUUCCCUCAAGCUGUCCUCAUGCUCUUCAGAUGUGCCACGGGCGAGGCCUGGCAGGAGAUAAUGCUGGCCUGCCUUCCGGGGAAGUUGUGCGAUACCGAGUCGGACUACAACCCCGGCGAGGAGCGAACUUGUGGCAGCGGCUUCGCCAUCGUCUACUUCAUCACCUUCUACAUGCUCUGCGCUUUCCUGAUUAUUAACCUGUUUGUCGCUGUCAUCAUGGAUAACUUUGACUAUCUCACCCGAGAUUGGUCCAUUCUCGGACCUCAUCACCUUGAUGAAUUUAAACGGAUCUGGUCCGAAUACGACCCGGAAGCAAAGGGCAGGAUAAAACACCUGGAUGUGGUGACCUUACUGAGGAGGAUCCAACCUCCACUUGGCUUCGGCAAGCUGUGCCCGCACAGGGUGGCCUGCAAGCGUCUGGUUGCGAUGAACAUGCCUCUGAACAGCGACGGCACAGUUAUGUUCAACGCCACCUUGUUUGCGCUGGUACGCACUGCUCUCAAGAUUAAAACAGAAGGUAACCUGGAACAAGCGAACGAGGAGUUGAGAGCUGUGAUCAGAAAGAUCUGGAAAAGGACCGGCAUGAAGCUGUUGGAUCAAGUAGUGCCCCCUGCAGGCGAUGACGAGGUAACAGUGGGGAAGUUCUAUGCCACCUUCCUGAUACAGGACUACUUUAGGAAGUUCAAGAGGCGCAAAGAGAGAGGCCUUGUGGGUAGGCGCUCUUUCGACAGGAUUAACACCGCCGUGGCUCUGCAGGCCGGCCUGCGCAUGCUGCACGACAUCGGACCCGAGAUCCGUCGCGCCAUAUCCUGUGACUUCCACGACGAGGGGAUUGUCCAUUUGACAGAGGAGGAUGACGAGGAAAUAUACAGGCGCAACGGCGGCCUUUUCGGUAACCAUGUCAACCACGUCAGUACGACGCCGCGAGGCCCCGCCCCCCCGACCACCGUCACUCAACGCCCUCUACAGAUCAUCCCCUUUUCCUGCGGCGCCUCAACAGAAGCUGCCCAAACGGGCCUGCGGGACAACGACAAAGGCGAGGAGAUGGAAAUGAACUCCUCGCCCGUCCGGUGUCAUCGUCAAAACACCUCUCGUCCGUCGGACUACUCCUGCUUGAAUUCCAAUCACCAACAAUCACCCGUACCCUCCAACGCCAACCUCAACAAUGCCAACGUGCCCGUGGCGACAGACCGCCCGUCCGCCAGCAAAACGGGCUCACCGGUGUCCACCCGCAGGAAGCCUUGGAAGUCGCUCUCCAUGAGGCGGCACCGCUAUGAGGCCUACAUUAGGUCGGAGGUUUGCGGGGGACGCCGCCCCGCCGUUCGGAGAUCGGAGCCGGAGGAAGAGAACAGUGACGAGGAGCGAGGCUUAGGAGAAUACGACAACAGUGGGGACGAGUCCCAUGAAGAUGACAUCAUGCUGACUCGGGACAGGCUGUCAAAUAAAGAGUGUCACAACGUGCAGCAGGGCGAUUUGGACGCCGAAGCCCCCAGCAUGGAACAACAGUCAGAUUGUUUCUAUGACGAUGACCAGCAGCCCAUAUGUCGAGACAGCAGGCGGUCACCUCGGAGAUGGCUUUUAGCAUCACCGCAAGCCCCAAACAGACCGACCUUCAGUUUCGAGUGUCUUCGCAGAAGUAGUCGUCAGGAGGAAGCUCCGCCCUCUCCUUCCUGCGCAGCUCUUCCACUGCAGCUGCUGCAGCAACAGGUCAUGGCGGUGGCCGGCCUGGACGCCAGCAGACUUCAGCGCCUCUCUCCCACACGAUCGGUCCUCUCCUGGGCCACGCCCCCCGCCUCCCCUCUGGCCUACGAUUCGUCACCCUCCUACACGCCGCUCAUACAGGUGGACUGGAGGAGCUCAGGCAGCGUCGGCAACAUCCCGGCCUCGGUAAAGCGGAGUUCGUGGUACACAGACGAACACGACAGCGCUCCCAGCCGCGGCCACUCUCCCUCGCGGUUGCGGCUUCCCGCUGAGAAUUGCUCACAUUUCCGGCAGACGAGAGGCAGCGCCAACAGUCUCGUGGAGGCUGCGUUGAUCUCUGAGGGUCUGGGAAAGUACGCCAGGGACCCCAAGUUCGUGUCGGCCACCAAACACGAGAUCGCGGACGCCUGCGAGAUGACCGUCGACGAGAUGGAGAGCGCCGCCGGUAAUCUGCUGAACGGCGGCCUGGCCGACGGGGCCGCCGGCUCGGACCCCGCCGUGCGCAGCGUGCGGGACUACAGCGACGAGGAGACGUACGCGGCCGCGAAACGAGAGGAGGACCUCGCGGACGAGAUGAUGUGCAUCACGUCGCUAUAGCGACGGCCCGCAUCAGGUUUUGUUGUUAUUUCUCGAUUCCGAUUGACUUUGUGCCGCUCGCCCGCACUGAGAGGAUCCUUGUACUCGCUCAUACGGUAGACGACGUCCGAACGAAGUGCCUUGUGUUCUCUUUCUACAGGGACAUGAACAGAACUCGAGAAGCCUGUCUGAAAAACAAAUAUUGAAAGCAGAACACUGAUUUGAUGUUGUAUUUGAUUGCUUUAUUUCUCCACGGAUGGUGGCGAGAUCUUCUUGCUCUGCAAAGCCAUUCCGAAUCCUAUGAAUUCGCUUUGAAAACGGCAUGGUGGUGACGGAACGGAGUGUGGAUGUCGGAUUCAACGUCACGGAUUUGUGUUGUUUAGCUUACGGCUCAGCUUUCAACUGGAUUCAGAAGGGGUUUUUUUUUCUUUUUUCUUUUUUUGCGCAAUAACUAUAUAUUUUUUAUCUGUAAUAGAGUGGAAUCUCUGAGGUGAUUUUUUUUCCCCCCCCCGAAUGAAAAUAAUGGGAAUACAAGUUUACUGCUUUCCAAUGACUUUCAAAGUCGUCCUUGACCUUAAUGACAUGAAAAGUAGUAAAUGUAAUGGCUGCUUGCGCUUGAGACGUGAAGCUGCUCCACUGAACACAAAACACAGCUGACUUUUUUUUUUUUUUUUUUUUUUUUUUUUUUUUUUUUAAUAGUACUGAGCAGCCAAUGAGUUCCUGUUUUCUUGAAAAACAUUUCUCCCGCUUUACCAUGUGUGGUGGCGUCCCAAAAAAGAACUUGAUCCUUUAGUUUCGCAGUUGGACCUGCGCAGUUUUGUGAAAUGUUGCUUUGUUUCCGAACGACGCGCCUCUUUCACUUUGGAGGUUCCACUGUAUUUUCUAUGCUUCAUUUCAGGGUGCAGGAGCAACUGGAUUCCACGUCAUGAUUGCAUUUUGGAUAUGAUUUCAUGUCAGUUACAAAAAAAAAAAAAGGACAUAUCAAUAUAUCGUACAUUGCACUCCGGGAAUGCAAGUAUAAAACUAUCAUUUAAUCUGAAUCAAGAAACGAUAAUGCUUUACUAUUUUUUUUUUGUAAAACAGUAAAUUUGCGGUUAACAAUAAUUAUUUCUAAUUGUAAUUUGGCAUUCAAAACAUCGAUUAUUGAUAUGCAAUUGUUGACGCGGACCUGUCGGAAAACGAAUAACUGCUGCAAAAUGUUUUGGGUGAGUGAGUUUAAUAUCAGCGUAAUAUGUUUCAACUGCGUCUUUUGAACGGGCUCCCUCCGGUCUCAGGGUUCCAAAAUGGAUUUGUCAUGCAAAACAUCUGCGUUUACCUCCAAUUACACUACAGCGCCGAUUGUGAUUUGAAAUGAAAUGUUGCUGGAGACCCGACUGCAAAAUAAAGAAUAGAAAAUGCAAACCGAUGGAUUAAGCUGUUCUGAAGGGAAGACAAUCUGCCAUUUCAAAUCAGAUCAAAUGAUUCUUUCAGGUGUUCAGGCAGCACAGAGCAGAUUGUUUAAAAUCGACCCAAAACAACUCACAAUAAAUAGAAUAAAAAGACAUCGUAAAAAAGGGUUACAUGCAAUGUGGUAGGCCGGAUAAAAACAGAGCAGCAGAUUGAUUGCACCGGAAAGGUAACAAAUCCAAAUCCGAUUGGGAACUCGAUGCGCAAUCGCAGCAGCCAGAAAGAAGGAAUGCACUUAUUAUAUAUUGUAUUUGGAGGGGAAUAUACAUUUGUGUGCGUGCAGUCUUUAUUUUUUUGAUUGAUUUCAAUAUGUUUUGUAAUGUUACACUCCUUUAUGAAUGUUGAUUAAAUAUUGUAAGCCAAGGUUUGCUUUCUACCUAACUGUUGUACAAAAUAAAAACAUAAGCGUC